AUGGGUCAAACUCAAACAAAGUACAAGAACAAGAAAGGGCCUAAGUUUGAAUCCAAGGAGGAAUAUUUUGUUAAAAAUGGAGGAAUUUUGCUUGAGAAACAAAUUGCCCUGAGCCAAGGCCAACAUAAGGGAGCUGGGCAGCUGAAGAUUUUCUCUAGCCGGGAAAUCGAAAAGGCUACAGAUAGCUAUAACCCUGAUCUUAUUGUUGGCAGAAGCUCUUAUAGCACCGUAUAUAAGGCAACACUUGAAGAUCGUAUUGUAGCUGUCAAAGCCCCGCCACAUUUAGGUAUAAGUCAGCCAAAUCCCGAAAUGAUUGAUCUUUAUCUAACUGAAGCCUCAACAUCUAUGAUAAUGGACCAUGACAAUAUGGUAAAACUCUAUGGUUGUUGCCUCGAGACAUAUAUACCAGUACUAGUGUACGAGUUCUUACCAAAUGGAGGCCUCUUUCAAUCUUUAUAUGGUGAUGUUGCACCUAGCAAGCGUAUAAAGUGGGUUGAUUGUUUGAGGGUUGCUAGUGACACGGCCUAUGCCCUAUCCUAUCUGCAUAAUGCCCUAUUAAAGCCGGUGGUGCAUAGGGAUGUCAAGUCAUUAAGUAUACUGCUUGAUUCUUCAUUCCGUGGCAAAUUAGCAAACUUUGGCUAUUCAGUGUCCAUUACUCCAGGGGAGACUCCCCAAAAAUGGCCUGUUGAAGGAACUCCAGGAUAUAUUGAUCCUGAAUACAUAGAAACUCAAGAGGUAACAGAUAAGUGUGAUGUGUACAGCUUUGGGGUUUUCAUGUUAGAGCUAUUAACCAGAAAGCAGCCCCUUCUGAUGGCCAAAGGUGGCACAGACUUGGUGGAUGUGUUCAUUUCAAAUGUGGAGAAGAACUGCAUGAUGGAGAUGAUCGAUAAUGAGGUCUUGCAGCAAGCUAGCUGGAAUGAGAUUCAACAGGUUGCAGAGCUUGCUUUGACAUGUGUGGCAAAGAAAGGAGCUGAGAGACCGACAAUGAUUGAUGUUGUUGGUGAGCUUUGGAGCAUACAAGGACAAGACAUGAAAUGA